AUUUGCUGACUGGAAUUCUUUCGGAUAACUGACUUUUGGAUAAACGACACUCUACUGUAUUCCUUAUGUAGAAGGUGUGUCUUGUGGAAAUCUACCCAGAUGCCAGGGUCGAAUGUGUAGAUAGCCAAAGCCAUAUUGUUGACCCACCAGUGGCCAAGCAGUUUUAUUCCCUGAACACUGGGAGUUCGGUCGUGGGUUUGUGCCUCACCUGGGCCCUUAGUCUCGAGUUUUUCGAGUUGUACUCGAACUGACGUCAUCGAACUCACUCGUGUUACUUAUGACUCACAUAAUUGGUAGUCUCGAGUUAGACUCUUCGAGCGAACUCGAAAGGCGAGCGGAAAUACGUCAUACUCACCUGUUUACGUGUGUCGUUAAGCAUGAUGGGAUUAUUUACAAUGCAUCUGGGUUUGCGGCUAUACUGAUUCGACCAAUCAACUUUACUGUAACAAGUUGUAAACAAAUAAACGUAAAUUAGUUUACACUAAGGCGCCUUAGUUUGCACAUGUUGCAGUUACUUUUGUUAUAGUGACAAAGAAGACAAAGAAAAUGGAGACCUCCAAUACUUUAUUUAAAAAGAUCAGUGACGAACAGAAAGAGAUAUUAGUCACAUAUAUUGAAAAUAACAAAAAAUUGAACUCUGGAAAAUUUGAUAACGAAUUUACUAGGAAAAAACAAUUAGAUAUGUGGAAAGAGUUGGUUGAAAAAUUAAAUGCGUGCUUUGGAGCAAAAAAAUCCAUUGUGGAAUGGAAAAAAUGCUGGCUUGACAUGAAGAGAAAUGCGAAAGAGAAGGCAUCAAGAAUAAGAAACAGCAGAGAAAAGACUGGGGGUGGUAGGGAAUCUAGUGAAAAACUGUCUUCAUUACAAGAAAGGAUUAUAUCUAUAAUGGGUGACACAGUGGUUUUGGGGCAGCAAAACACUGUGGAAUCCGAAGUUGAAGAAUUUUCAAACUUAUUGCAGACUGAGGAAUCUACACUGCCAGGAAUUGAAAAUCUCUCUGCAACAGGAAUAAAUUCUAUAGAUAUUUCUUCUUCUGAACAGGAUAGUGAAUAUAUAGAUUUAACAAAAGAAGCGAGUCAGUCUAAAGGAAGAAAAAGAAAACACAUUUCCACUGAAGAAGAAUUAAACGAAGCAAAGAAAAGAACAGAAUCAUUUAUACAGCUGGAACAAGAAAAAAUUAAAUUAAAGAAAAAAGAACUAGAGUUAAGGGAGAAGGAACUUUCCAUAUCUGAGGAAAACAAAGACUCCCUUAAAAAAAUUGCUACAGCACUAAAUACCAUUGUCAAUUUAUUAUCCGAAAAUUCUUUGUAA